AUUUGACAACUUCGUGGCGGUAUUUUUUAAACCUUCUAUAAAUUUUCGAGCAUGUAACAAAAUCUGAUGAAACAAUUAUUCCAUAUAUUGGUUCAAAAUUUCACAAAAUUACAUCCGUUGCAACAUGUGAUAACAAGAAACGUGAAUAGGUGUAAAUGUAAGACUCCUGUUUACAUAACCUCAAAGAAAAAAAUUAUAUCAAUAAAACACUUGGUUAUCAAAAAGCGCAGAAAAUCGCCUUGUAUAUACGAAGAAUUUCCUAAAAUCCGUUUCAUUCCAAUGUCGAAACCUCAUCUUUUACUGUUGUCUUCAUCCAAAGUGCAUGGGUAUGAAUUUUUGGAAUAUGCAGCGUCUGACAUUAAGAAUUUUCUAAAUAAAAGUGGUGUUUCAACUGUUCUAUUUGUACCAUACGCUGCUGUGGACCAUGACGCUUACCUGAAAAAAGUUACCCCUGUGUUUAAUAAGUGGGGGUAUCAAGUGGAAGGCAUACACAACAACAACCCAAUUGAAGCUGUAAAAAAAGCAGAGGCAAUUUUUGUGGGGGGCGGAAACACGUUCCUCCUCCUGAAAACCUUGUAUGAUAAGCAAGUGGUCAAUUUGAUUCGUGAAAGGGUGCUUAAGGGUGGUAUUCCAUAUAUUGGUAGCAGUGCGGGGACUAAUGUAGCUGCCCCUACUAUUCACAAUACGAAUGAUAUGCCAAUAGUGUACCCUCAAAGCUUUAGUGCCUUGAAUUUGAUCCCUUUCAAUAUAAAUCCUCAUUAUCUGGACCCAGAUAGUACGUCUAAACACAAAGGGGAAACCAGAGAGGAAAGGAUUUUGCAAUAUCAUGAACUGCCACCUGAAUAUCCAGUUCAUCAUGUUCUGGGGUUAAGGGAAGGAUGUACACUUCAUGUAGAUGGUGAUGUGGCAAUCUUGAAGGGAAUUGCUAACGCCCGUCUUUUUUUGAGGGGCAAACCUCCUCAAGAAAUCCCACUUGAGUCCAACUUGUCCCACUUGCUCACCAAGAACAUCUGCGUCGAACAAGAACUACAAAUACUGCAAUAAUAAAUUUUAUUGUUCAUUAAUAAAUUUAAAAUUUCUGUCCCAA